UGAUUCGCUCCAACUUGUUGAAGAAGCAAAACAAGUCACGGAUUUUUUGUUGUCUACACAUGCAAAGUCUCUGAUUGGCUGGAAGUUUUGGAGUAGUUUUUUUUUUCCCUUUGCUGAACCUCCCCCUAUAAAAAAACCUAUGAUGAUAUGAAAGCUUCAUUCUUUUGAAGUGCGCAACUGAGCAAAUUGAUGGAAUUACGGAGUUGGAAGAGGAAAAGUAAACUUUGACACUGGACGAACUCGUGGAAUAUCACUUCUAAUAUCAGAGUUCAGGCUGUUACUUCACAGUUGGGUUGCUUUUCUCAGCUUUAUCCCUUUUUCUAACGGUUUCUGAACUCGGGAGGUAAGCGAUCUUUACGCACAGUUUGCGCCAUGGUGAACUCGUGUCUCCAACUGAGCGGCUUCCUCGUCAGCUGCCUCGGCUGGCUGGGCAUCAUCAUCGCGACGGCCACCAACGACUGGGUGAACAUGUGUAAAUACGGUUUGAACACCUGCAAGAAGAUGGAUGAGCUGGGAGCCAAGGGACCCUGGGCGGAGUGCGUCAUCUCCACGGGACUGUACCACUGCGUGUCCCUGACGCAGAUCCUGGAACUGCCAGCCUACAUCCAGACCACUCGCGCCCUGAUGAUCACAGGGUCGAUCCUGGGUCUCCCGGCUGUGGGGAUGCUCCUCAUGUCCAUGCCCUGCAUCAACCUUGGCAACGAGCCGCAGAGCGCCAAGAACAGACGCACCAUCCUGGGAGGGGUCCUCAUAUUCAUAGUCGCGUUGUGCGGUAUGGUUUCCACGGUCUGGUUUCCCAUCGGUGCUCACCAGGAGCACGGCCUCAUGUCGUUCGGCUUCUCCCUCUACACCGGCUGGGUGGGCACUAUUUUCUCCCUGCUGGGCGGCUCCAUCCUCACCUGCUGCUCAUCGGAUUUCUCCUCCUCCUCCUCCUCCUAUCAGGAGAACAACCGCUUCUACUACUCCAAACAGGGGGGCGGCAACCAGCCACCCGCCCCCUCCACCAAUCACGCCAAGAGCGCCCACGUCUGAGCCGGGGGAGAGAUUCUGGAUCCCUCGUGGAAGUGUAGGGGGACUGUAACUAUAGUCUGUAUAUAGAGACCGAUACACAAGGGCAAACAAACACACGUUCACAUUCAGCACAAUAAGAAUUAGAUGCACACCUGUACUGUGAGAGGAGACACAUUCCACACACUCAUUCAUUCAAUUCAAUUCAACACAUACAGAGAGGAGACAUUCACACAUCCAAACACACACAGACCUGCUUUUGUUGGAGCUCUUUUUCCAUCCGGGGAUCGUUUUGUCCACCUCAGAGCUCGUCUUCCUCCGGCUUCGUCCCCAGUGCGGACUCAAAAACCACGAAGUUCGUAAUCACCUGAGGUCUCGUGGACUGAAAUAUCGAUCUUCUAUAUCACUUCUAUUUUUCUAUCAUGCAUCUAUCAAGGGGAAAUCUCAUGAGCGGCUUCGUUGAUGAUUACAUUUUUAAAUCCCGAUCUGUUGUUUUGAUGAGAGCAGGGUAUGACAGUGUUAACAUUGUGUAUUUUCAUUUUUUAUUUUUUUUCAUUCCUAUUGAACAACUCUCGCUUCUCCAGGACGACAAGUUGAAUGAUGGGAGCUUAAAAUCCCAGGAGAGCUUUUUGCUUUAAAGGUUUAACAGUCUGCAUUGGAGCCUUAAUAUGUGCACUGACCUGGCAACAAUUACUUACAAGAGAAAACUUUUAUCCUUUGUCCAGAUCUGUCAUUUUAUAGCAGUGUCUCAUCAUCUAAAAUCAACCUUACACAUUCAUCUUUGACUAACAUGCUCUUAUUUUAGGUGUGGAGACCAACUGAAAACAGCAGCUAAUCCUGUAACUACUUCUAUGUUCCACUGGUAUGCGUUUAAAAAAAAUAAAAAAUCAGUAUUAUGUAGAUGACUUGAAUGUUCAGUUUCUCAAAACGUGCUCUGAACUGCACAGAUGGAACCCCCUUGUAUUCCCAACUGGAUAUUUCCACCUCGGAUACACGUGGAAGCAGUGUUAGCUGGUUAUUUAUUGUUUUACCAAUGUGCUAUUGUUUGAUUUUAUACAAUAAAAAAAGAUAAAAUGA